AUGACUGACGUUCCUCUUCCUGAAUGCCUUCCAAAGCCAGAAGAACCGAAAGCUGCAGAACCACAACAGUCUCCUCAGCAACCUCAGUUCCAGCAAGUACCUCCACCAAAUUACUACCAAUUUCCACCUCAAGGUUAA